CACAAUACGCGACAGUUUAUAUUAACGGAUUCAUUGUAUGUGUUUUCCGAGCAAAAUCAACAGGCUUUCUUGCCCUGGCACGUUCCAUUCUUAGCCAGGUAGAGCGAGUAAGGAAUACGCUUUCCAUUUCAGCCAAAAAUCCUUCCAUACGGUAUUAUCAUAUAAACCCAUUUUCGACUCCGUUCUUUAAGUGCCAAAAACUGUUGAUGAAAUUAUUUAAUGCCCUUUUGUUGCAUUUUUUAUUAUUGGCGAUUUUCUUUCCGAAAAACGGCAGAGUUGUCAUCGGUAGCUGUCAACGUUAUAAUUCGUGCGAUCGCAAUACACAAACCACGUUCAUUUCCUAGAAACCGGUGCCUUUUUCUACAUACGAAACUGCAUUUACAGCUAGCAAGAUGAGUAAGCGGAUGAACUUUUUGCGUUCAAUCAUCGAUGCCUCAUCGAACAGUUCCGUCGAUGGAUCGAAUGAUAAUUCCGCAAACCCUGACAGUGGAUACCGAACGGAACAGUUGUCUGUAGAAGAACAGAAUGCUGCCCAGUUACCAGCAGUAGGUUUAGGGCGCGGACGGUCCCAUGCACUUGCCGCAUUCCUAAAACCAUCGAAAACCACCGAUGGAAGCUUACCACUAGUUGCAACCAUGCCAAAUUUGGCCAUUGGAGGCCGUGGACGAUUUUUACAGAAGUUGUCGUCUGUUGUACCAGAUCCAAGCAAAACUUCCGAAUCCGGAGUAGUUUCAUGUAGUUCAUCUGAGGUUGAUGCUGCUGUAAUGGAGGAAAAUUUGGGUAAGUUCCUUCAAUCAACACACCUGCAGGUUCCGAAGAAGGCGGCCACGUUCGUACUGGAGAAAUCAAAAGAACCGGAAGAGUAUGCGAGACGUACCGGAACGAGUGGGACAAAGGUACAGAUGAUGAGCAACUUUAUGGAGCUGAAAUGUGAACAAAAUCGAGGAGUGUUUGUUUACACGGUCGAUUUUGAACCGUACGUAGACUCGAAACGGGCGCGCCAGCAAUGUGUGGACAGUCAUCGUAAUAUCUUCGGCAAGGCGUACACAUUCGACGGUCAUAUGCUGCUGCUUCCAAUGCAACUGCCAGAGUCGAAAACGGUAAUUACCGCUAAGGCUCCGACGGAUGAAACGCCUGUGAAGAUGAUAGUGAUAUUUCGAGUUCAACAGCGCAUGCAUCAAAACGUGAUGCUAUAUAACAAAAUAUUUCGGCGUAUCAUGUACAUUCUGCAACUGUCCGAGAUGGGACGCAAGCACUACGAUCCCUCGCAAGCACGCAUCGUGCCACAGCACAAGCUUGAAAUUUGGCCAGGUUUCGUAACGGCGGUGGAUGAGUAUGACGGAGGAUUGAUGUUAAAUCUCGACGUCACGCAUCGCGUUUUAAUGCAAACGACGGUGUACACUCACAUCAAAACAAUCGCACAGUGCCGAGAAGCCCAGUUUCAUGACAAUGUGCUGAAGUCACUGCUCGGAUCAGUCGUUCUAACGCGUUACAAUAAAAAAACGUACCGGAUCGAUGACGUUUUGUUUGAUCUGAACCCACUCUGCACGUUCCGUUAUGGAGAUCGCGAUAUCACGUACGUCGAAUACUACAAAAAGCAGUAUGGAAUUGAAAUACAAGACCAUCAGCAGCCAAUGUUGCUAAAUCGCUCUGAACGGAAAGUUAGCAACAGUGAAAAACCGCUGGAAAUUGCGCUGUGCUUAGUACCGGAGCUCUGCUACCUAACCGGGCUGACCGAUGAGAUGCGCAAAGAUUAUAAGGUAAUGCGGGAUAUUGCCACAUAUACCCGCAUCACACCUAGCCAGCGCGUACUGGCAAUGCAAAAAUUUUGCGAGAACGUUAACAAAAACGAGGUAGCACGGGAUCUAUUGGCCUCUUGGGGUUUAGAAUUGAAGACCACACCCCAACUAAUGGUGGGACGCCAACUACAGGUUGAAAAUAUCACGUCCGGCGGGGGAACUGUCGGCAGUGCCGGUCCCAGCGUGGACUUCACGCAUCAGGUGACCAACAAUCCAAUGCUAGAAAUUGUCCACAUUCGUCAGUGGAUGCUGUUGUAUACGCAGCGUGAUGAGCGGUUCGCCACGAUGUUCAUGGAUUGUGUGAAGCGUAUCAACAAACUGCUCGGAAUGGAAAUCGUUCAGCCUCAGAUCGAAAUUCUAGCACAGGACACAACGCAACUGUACGUUCAGGCGCUACGCACACGUAUUCGUCCGGGAACGCAGAUUGUGGUUAUAAUCUGUCCAACGUCACGCGACGAUCGAUAUGCUGCGAUCAAACGUAUCCUCUGCACUGAGGUACCGAUCCCAUCGCAAGUCAUAAACGCACGCACACUCGCUAAUGAUAAGCGCAAUCGAUCGAUUGUGCUAAAGAUUUUGCUGCAGAUGAACUGUAAACUUGGUGGUACGCUUUGGAGCGUAAAUAUACCAUUGAAGGAAACGAUGAUUUGUGGUAUGGACAGCUACCACGAGGGUAUGAAACGAGCGAAUUCUGUAUCCGCGUUCGUCGGCUCGUUGGAUUCUUCCUUCACGCAUUGGUACUCUCGGGCAACGAUUCAGGAACGUAAAGAAGAACUGUUGAACGGGAUGUGCGUAUCACUCGAGAAAACGCUGCAAGCCUACCGGCGCCGCAACUGUACGCUCCCACAAAAGAUCAUAAUUUUUCGCGAUGGUGUUAGUGAUUCAAUGAUGGACGUCUGCGAGCAGUACGAGAUUCCACAGCUGGAGGCAGCCUGCAAGAAGGUCGCACCAGAUUACGCCCCAAAGAUCACCUUUAUCGUGGUGCAGAAGCGUGUUAUAACGCGCCUGUUUAGCUUGGCUGGAGGUGGGCCCGACGGGUUAGCAAAUGCUCCGCCCGGUAGCGUGCUUGAUCACAUGGUAACGCGUCGAAACAAAUAUGAUUACUACCUUGUGGCACAAACCGUCCAAAUGGGAACUGUAACACCAACGCACUACAUCGUGCUGCGAGACGAUUCUCAGUUUUCACCCGACGUGCUGCAGCGACUGAGCUACAAAAUGUGCUACAUGUACUACAACUGGCCCGGAACUAUCCGGGUUCCCGCCUGCUGUCAGUACGCACAUAAACUAGCCUAUCUUAUUGGACAAUCGGUGAAGCGAAUGCCCGCAGAAACAUUAAACGACAAACUAUUCUUCCUUUAAAUUCUGGCCAUGGGAUGAGCGGCGGUCCUUUCAUAUGGAACUCAACGACAAAGGUAAAAAUGGACACCUUUAUAUGUUGGAUCUUAAUCAUGUUAAUUUUUUUUAUGGAUCUUAAUCAUAGUUAGAUGUUUCACGUGUAUCUCGAUAGUUUAAGCAAACGCAAAAGGAUCCAAAGGGUUACAAAAGAGAGAAUUUAUUUACAUUGAAGGAUAAAAGAACAUUUAAAGUAUAAAUGAAAUGAAAAACAGUUGUUUAUCAACAGAUUAAUUAUGUGAAUUUAUAUCGAAUAGAUGCAGACGUACUUCCAUGUUUACAAUAUUUGUGUUAAGUAACACAGUUGAUUUUUAAAAAUCUGUUAAAUCAAUCGGCUUCUAAUUCCUCAUAUUCUCCUUCUUCUCCUUUAUUAAUUUGUUACGAAAUGUAUCUGAUCUAUAAUCAAUACUUCGACCAAUUUGUUUAAAUGUUAAAGAAAUGACCUAAUUUUUCUGAUUUUUUUGCCGCAAGAGAAAUUAAAUACUUACGUUUCUAAAUAAUUUCAUUUAAAUUAAACAGCUGAAAAAAAUCACCUAAUGUGUACGUAUGAAACGUAAAUGAAAUUGCUUAACUAUUUCUCAUUAAAAUUUCCACUAUUUGCAAAACAACGAAUCAAUAAUGAUAAGUGGAUUACUUACGGUUUUUUAGUAAUGCUUUUUGCGUCUCAGAAACCAGUUACUGAUGUAUAUGAUAAGAAACGAUAAGGAAACGAGAAGGAUUUCUUAAAAAGUUGUUUUGUAUUCAAACCGGAAAUUUAUUAAAUUCUAUCCUCAUUCAAAUAAUAAAUUGCCCUGCCACUGAUACUGAACGAAUCUUAAACGUGGAUAAAAUAAAUUCAAGUAAUAAGAAAUGAAAAA